AUGGAAAUUUUAGAUGAUGAAUCCAAGUUUAUGGAACAAUUAGCUCAACGAGAGCAGUUCUUACAAAAUUUUUAUGAUUCAUUUGCGUCAGCAAAACAUUUAUUGAAUCAAUUAAAACCAGCUAAUAAUAGUAACAGUGAUCAUAAUUCCGAUAAGAAUUCGAGUAUUUCAAGCAAAAAUUGUAAUUCUCCUGCAGUAAAAUUGCCAGACAUAAAAUUACCUACAUUUAGGCUUCUAGAGGGUAGCGCUAGUCAGAUCAUUCAAUCUCUUGAAAUUUCUGCAGGAACGUAUAAGGUUGCAUGGGAUUUGUUAUGCAAACGAUAUGAUAAUAAAAAAGCAUUGAUAUACAAUCAUUUAGAUGCAUUGUUUGGUUUAGAAAAAAUUGUUAAAGUCUCAUCUUUUAAAUUAAGAAAUCUCUCAGAUACAGUCUCCAAACACUUGAGGGCUCUUAACAGUCUUAAACUUCCCACAGAUCAGUGGGAUAUUCUAAUUUUACAUUUAAUGGCCAAAACUUUGGACGAUGGAUCUGUUAGUAAAUGGGAGGAAUACAAGUCUAAAAAAGAUUUGCCUUCUCUUGAGGAUAUGUAUGAAUUUUUUAAAAGUAGAUCAGACUUGCUAGAGCGAUUAGAGUUGAACAAACUUGAACAGGGAUCCAAGUCAGGGAAAACCAGGGGCUUACUUUCUGCCGAUUCAGAAAAUAAUUCACAUGAAAACAAAACAUCUUUUCAAGGUUUCAAGUGUGCCAUAUGCAGUGGCGAUCACAGAGUGUUUAUGUGCGACAAAUUCAAGGCAAUGUCUGUGCUAAAUCGCAUGGAACAAGCCAAAAGACUAAAGUUAUGCUUAAACUGUCUUCGAAGUGGCCACAAAACCAACCAAUGCAGAUUGUAUGCUUCAUGUAAAACAUCAAAUCAAAAUAUAAAUCAAGAAAAUGUUUCCCUAACUACAAGUUCGGUACAUUUUCAAAUUCUGUUAUCCACUGUAGUAGUAGAUGUUUUAAACAGUUAUGGUGCUUACGUACCUGUUCGAGCUAUUCUAGAUUCAGUAUCAAUGUCUUCCUUUAUAACUGAGUCUCUUCACUCAAAACUAAAUAUUCCAAAGCAAACAAUAAAUUUCGCUGUUUCUGGUUUGAACAGUGCCUUCUCUAAUGUGAAAUAUAAAUGUUGUUUAAAAUUUAAAUCUCAACAUAAAAAUUUUACGACGGACUUGUCUUGUUUUAUUUUGCCAGAAAUAACUGGAAACUUGACUACAUUUUACAUUGAUAAGCAAAAGCUAUUGAUACCUAAAUAUAUCAAUUUGGCUGAUAAAAACUUCAAUAAGCCCGGACCAAUCGAGAUGCUGAUAGGUGCUGAUAUUUUUUGGAAUGUUUUACGUCCAAACCAAUUGAAGUUAAAUACAAAUGGUCCUGUUUUACAGGAAACUCAGCUUGGGUGGUUGGUUUCAGGUAAAAUACAAGGCUUUCAAAUUUCUAAUAAUAUAGUUUGUAAUUUGGUUAAAAAUAAAGGUGAUUUAUAUAUCCAAGACCAGUUAUCAAAAUUCUUUGAAAUAGAAAGUGUUAAAACUGCCAGUCCUUGGUCCAAAGAGGAAAUGGACUGUGAAACUCAUUUUAAAGACACAACAACAAGAACUCAAGAAGGUCGUUUUGUUGUAUCGAUUCCAUUGAAAGCAAGUCCAAAAAUAUUAGGUGAAUCUUUAGGUCUAGCCAAAAGAAGAUUCAAAUCGCUUGAGCAAAAAUUCUCAAAAGAAUACCAAUUCUCAAGAAUGUACAAGAAUUUUAUUCUCGAAUAUGAAAGGCUCAAUCAUAUGCAAAACAUAGGAGAGGUAUCUGAAGUAAAUCAUGAGGAUGCCUAUUAUUUACCGCACCAUGGAAUUCUACGUAUGCAUAGUGCAACAACGAAAUUAAGGACAGUUUUUGACGCCUCGGCGCGAUCUACAAGUGGAGUUUCUUUUAAUGAACUUCAGCUAAAAGGACCGGUAAUUCAAGAUGAUUUAGUGUCAAUAUUAUUACGCUUUAGACAAUAUAAAUAUGUUGUUACCGCGGACAUUGAAAAAAUGUACCGUCAGGUCUUGGUGUCAAAAGAUCAGCAUAAAAUGCAAAGAAUUCUAUGGCGAGAUAACGAAAAUAAAGCACUAAGUGUCUGUGAACUUUCCACGGUAACUUAUGGUACUACGAGUGCACCAUUUUUAGCUAUUAGGUGUUUAGUAGAAUUAGGUAAACUUGCUGAUUCUUCGGAAGGUCUAGUCAUUGGCGAAGAUGAUGUUGCAAAAACCCUAGGUAUAUCAUGGAUGAGUAAAACGGAUAAAUUAAUAUUUCAUAUUGAUGUUGAAAUGAAGGGUGAAUGUUUAACAAAAAGAGUUAUGCUUUCAGGCAUAUCCAGAAUAUUCGAUCCAAUGGGUCUACUUGGCCCUUGCAUUGUAAUUGCCAAAGUAAUGUUACAACAACUUUGGAAGGAAAACCUAUCUUGGGACAGUCCAGUUUCCCAUGAAUUACAAGUUAAAUGGAACAAUUUUAUACAAGAACUUCCGUCAUUAAAUUAUUUAAAAAUUCAGCGACAUGUUAUUUGUGAUAAUUCCACACAAAUAGAAUUACAUGCCUUUUCAGAUGCUUCUGAGGUAGCAUAUGGUGCAGCUGUGUAUGUCAGAUCAAAAAAUUGCUAUGGUGAAACAUUUUGUCAUUUGCUUAUUUCUAAAGCUAAAGUUGCGCCAAUUAAAUCACUAACAAUCCCUCGGGUAGAAUUAUGUGCAGCCCAUCUUCUGGCUAAACUUGUUAAUAAGGUUACUACUUCUUUGAGGCUUGAUUUCAAUUCUGUAACAUUAUGGUCUGACUCCACAAUAGUGUUGGGUUGGAUUAAAACUCCAGUUCAUUUGUUAAAACCAUUCGUUCGUAAUCGAAUUGCUGAAAUACAGGAUUUAACUGAUAUCAGUUCAUGGCGUUAUGUUCCAAGUUUAGAAAAUCCUGCAGACAUUUUAUCAAGAGGCUCUUAUCCUAGUAGUUUGAAUAAUUCAAAUAUAUGGUGGCAGGGUCCAUAUUGGCUCCAAGAGAGCCCUGACCUUUGA